AUGUCUCAAACUUCAGAAAAGCCGGUGGCAAAUCAAGACAUAUCAGAUCCCACGGGCCCAGCUGCUCGAAAAGGUGUUCUGGUGUCUUUUCGAACAGGAAAGACGAUGGAAAUACCAGAAAAGGAUAUAUUAGGAAGAUGCCGCUUUGUUGGAGAAUUUGAAAAACUGAAUCGCAUUGGUGAAGGAACUUAUGGCAUAGUGUAUCGCGCCAAGGAUAAAGUUAGUGGAAAUAUUGUUGCAUUGAAGAAGGUCAGAAUGGAUGUUGAAAAAGAUGGAUUGCCACUUAGUGGUCUUAGAGAAAUACAAGUAUUAAUGGCAUGCCACCAUGAAAAUGUGGUACAACUAAAGGAGGUGCUGGUAGGACGAUCCCUUGAGAGUAUCUUUCUCUCAAUGGAAUAUUGUGAGCAGGAUUUGGCGUCUCUACUUGAUAAUAUGUCAUCUCCAUUUACUGAAUCCCAAGUUAAAUGUCUUAUGUUGCAAGUGUUAAAGGGAUUGAAAUACUUACACUCCAAUUUCAUAGUGCACAGAGAUUUGAAGGUAUCAAACCUAUUGCUUACUGAUAAAGGUUGUGUAAAAAUAGCUGACUUUGGCCUAGCUCGUUGGUUAGGUGCCCCAGCCAGAUGUGCAACGCCUCGAGUUGUUACCUUGUGGUAUCGUGCUCCUGAGUUACUCCUACAAUCACCCAAACAGACCCCCGCUUUGGACAUGUGGGCAGCUGGUUGUAUUUUGGGUGAAUUGUUGGCUAACAAACCCUUAUUGCCGGGCAGAAGUGAAAUAGAACAACUUGAGUUGAUUGUUGAUUUGCUUGGGACUCCUUCGGACGCAAUUUGGCCAGAAUUCAGUUCAUUACCGGCUUUACAAAACUUUACACUGAAGCAGCAGCCUUACAACAACCUAAAGCAGCGAUUCCCUUGGCUGUCGGCUGCAGGCCUGCGACUUCUUAACUUCCUCUUCAUGUAUGACCCAAAGAAGCGAGCAACUGCCGAAGAAUGUCUCCAAAGUUCAUACUUCAAAGAACAGCCAUUACCCUGUGAUCCGAAGUUGAUGCCUAGCUUCCCUCAACACAGGAAUAUGAAAGGCCAAAAGGGAACAUCCAAUCAACUGAACAUACCCUUAUCCAACCUAAACACUGGUGCCAACGAUCAGACAAACAAUCUCCCGGCUAUUUCUGAUCUCUUAGGAUCUUUGGUCAAAAAACGGCGGCUAGAUUAA